ACAUUUUUUUUUUUUAAAGCAAUGGCAAAGAUAGAAAGGGUCUCUCCAAAGUUUCCCGAAGAGCCAAAGGCGGCCCGAAUGGCAGAUUCCGAAUCCGAGUCCGAUCCGGACGACGGCUCGGCGAAUGCCGAGGCUACCUCGACAUCAGAAAUCUUCCGGCGCACGCAAGUCAUCCACAGUGGGCACUUUAUGGUGUCCUCACCCCACAGUGACACUGUCCCGCGCAGGCGGAGAAGCGGAGCAGCGGUGGAUUAUGACUUCGACACUGUCAACAGGCCGGGCUGUCAGACCUAUAGGUUCGGUCCGUUCAGCUCCAGGCGCCUCAGCAUAGACCCGACCCUCACGUGCCUGUUUGAGUGCAUGACACUGGCGUACAGUGGGAAGAUAGUGUCUCCCAAGUGGAAGUCCUUCAAAGGCCUGAGGCUGCUGUGGAGGGAUAAGAUCCGCCUGAAUAACGCCAUCUGGAGAGCCUGGUUCAUUCAAUAUGUGGAGAAAAGGAAAAAUCCAGUCUGUGGGUUCAUCACUCCACUGGAGGGGUCUGAGGCAGAUGCUCAUCGCAAGCCAGCGGCAAUCGUGUUGGAGGGAAACUACUGGAAGCGACAGAUAGAAGUGGUGAUAAAAGAAUAUCACAAAUGGAGGAUUUAUUACAAGAAGAGGAAACACAAGGACCUUAUGUCUGUUCUUCAGAAGACACCCAUCUGCAGGACGGAGCUGGAGAAAUGGUCCAAUCAGAUGUAUCCAGAGGGGAACACGACUCCAGAUGAGGUGCAUAUGUUUGACUUAGACUGCUUCCUAUCGGAUAUCUCGGAUACACUUUUCACCAUGACCCAAAAGCCCUUCCCCUGGACUGACGACCGCCACAACUCCUACACCAGUAAUGCUGAUAUGAUCCAACCCGGGCUGACUCCUCUUCAGCCCAACCUGGAUGACCUCAUGGACAUUCCCGACAUCUUCACGAGCUACCGCGGUCAACCCCUGGAGUCAAGUGCCUACACCGACUACGGGUUCUUCGAUGGCCCACCCAGCGCACCGUUCGCCACUACGCUGCCAGCCGCGGCCGGCACAUCCCCCGUGCGCGCGGGAUCCCAGCUCACACAGUCCAGUCUAGCAGCCGAGAGUUUGCCCCAGCCUUCUGCAGUCACGUUACCAAGUCCUGGCUAUCUACGCCCACCGUUGACCUCUGACAUGACCUUUGAUACCACCAGCAUGGCCUCUGAGCCCAAGUUCAAGGGUCACUCCGAGUAUAGCCCGCAAGGCGAGGUCACUCGCUCUCUCACCGUCCCUCCUGGCAUGGACUCGUAUGGGCAACAGCAGUCUUAUGGUGGCCCUGCUGCUGCCAUGGCAACCUCGCCCAUGGCCUCCACUUCCAUAGCACAGGAGAACCCUUACCUGUACCCGACAACUUGUCUCAAGUACAGACCUCCAUCAACCGGCCAAUCAGGAAACAGCAAUGCACCAACAGCUACUGUCAUCACCCACACCGGAUCUGCCACAAAUGUCCUAUCGGGAGACCCUCAGCUGAGCCAUAACUACCCCAGCCUUCCAGAAAUGUUGCCAGUCCCCCUGGGAUACCAGCCAGUAACCAUGGCCCCACCUCCUCCAGUCCUGCCUUCACCUGGACAUUCCUACUGCUUCUCUGUGCCACAGCAGGUGGGCGUGGCCACGGGCAGAGGGAAGCACAAACAGAAGAGCGGAGGGGUGCGAGUGUUUCCCGUGUUGGCAUCUUCAGCUCCGCCCAUGCAGACCAGCUGCCUAGCCAAGCUCCUGUCCUCCAGCACUAAAGACCGAAAACCUACUUUGGGUUAUGACGCUCCCUUCGUCAGGUCGAAGGGCCACAGAGCAGCUUCUCCUGUUGUAGCACAGUCUACCAGCGGCAUGUCAGCAGGUCAGGAAGGCUCUCAGGCAUCCCAGCAUGCCCCGUGGCCCCCUGUGGAGAUGCUGCAGGGCCCCACGCAGAUGGCCGCCGCCUCCCGCGGCUCUGUCGUCUCCUCCCUCCUCACCCAGGGGCCUCCACUGCUCGUCCCCAAAACAGAGAAGCUCUCGCCCGUCCAAAUCCACGCCCCGGAGAGGACGAGCCUGACAGUGAGCUUUUCAGGAAACUUCGGCCCAACAUCCCCAACCGUUACCCCGGAGACCUCUGAGUCAUCACACUCCUUACCCGGAGUAGCCAAGUCAGAACCCAACAGGACAGACUCACGGCGGAUCACGCACAUAUCUGCGGAGCAGAAGAGGAGGUUUAACAUCAAACUGGGGUUCGACACCUUACAUGGCCUGGUGACUGCACUGAGCUCUCAGCCCAGUGUUAAGAUCAGCAAGGCCACCACUCUGCAGAAGACGGCGGAGUAUAUCAGCAAGAUGCAGCAGGAGAGGAUGCAGCUCCACGAGGAGGCGCAAAGGCUCCGAGACGAGAUCCUGGCGCUCAACACUGCCAUCAAUGUGUGUCAGCAGCAGCUCCCUGCCACGGGUGUGCCCAUCACCCGUCAGCGUUUCGAUCACAUGAGGGAGAAGUUCCGAGAAUACGUCAGGGCUCAGACGCUGCAGAACUGGAAGUUCUGGAUCUUCAGCGUGAUCAUGGAGCCUCUGUUUGAGUCCUACAAUGGCAUGGUGUCCACAGCAAGUAUGGAAGACAUGUGUCGCACCACCAUCAACUGGCUGGACCAGCACUGCUCCCUGCCCGCCCUCCGACCCACUGUUCUAAGCUCACUCCGAUUUCUCAGUACCUCCACGUCCAUCCUGACGGACCCCAGUCUGGUUCCCGAGCAGGCUACUCAGGCUGUCACUCAGGGCCGUCCCUCCCAUGGCUACAACCAAUGACGGUGCUCUCCCUCUCAAGUCUGCAACCAAUCACAUUGCCCCUCACAAAGCUAAAGCCAAUAACAACAUUCAUUCCCACAGCAGUAACUAAUAACAAUAUUGUCUCUGACCACAUCCAAAGACAUCCAAAGUACUUCACUUAAAAUGAACGCCCUCCCUCACAGCUACAUCACCGUUUAUAACUGCACAAAACAACAACAACAACAACACACGAAUGUUAAUGUGGAACACCUCAAGAGUAUCCUUGGUGCUUACGACCACCACCUAAUGUUCUCAUGCCACCUACGCUUGCUGCCUUGCUGUCAGUGGUUCAUGCAGCCAUUUGUGACACUUUGACACUAUGUGGUAAAGUGAAAAACCAGAAAACGGCAGUUCUACCUGCUAGCUGCAUUGUGCCUCACUGACAGUUCAAACAGAUAAAUAGCAUUGGUCUUUUUUGUCUGUUUUCUGUAUUUAAAUUCUGUAUCAGAUGAACGUUAAUUAUGGGCCAUGUUUCUCAGACAGGGCAUAGCGCAAUAGAAAGAAUGGUAGUUCCUCUACCACUUUGUUCUGAUCUUUGUCAUGACCGUUUUCUGAAGCUCGGUCCAAAAACAGUAGCGUUUAGAUUAAAAUAAUUAAAGUUACUUUAAAUUUUGGUCCACCUAGAUGCAUUAUUAUCCUGGUCGCACAGUAAUCCCCUAUGGCCUCAUGUGCCUGCCGAUUUAAACUGCUAGCCGACUUUUGUCAUAUUUUCGUUUUGCUGUUCAAGAAACGCUCGAUGGCUCUUUUAGGAGAGACCGAAGUUCUGUGCCUUGUUCUCAUGUUUGUUACACAAGUUAUGAAAAUGCACUGUUGCAGUUUUGUUUGAACAAGUGUUUAAAUUCUCAGGUUAAUACUGUUGUGCAAAAUUGCAGUUUUGGAGAUUACUGCUAAAAA